AUGCAUCCGCAGGACGGACAGCCAUUCGAGGAGAACCUCAAUAACUGCGAACAGCAAAUAUUCGAGGCUCCAGACACGUCGACAAAACGGCCCAGUCGGCCCGAAACAAAGCGAAAGAUGCAUCAUUCAGCAAACAACUAUACUUCAGAGUUAGAGCCUGUGCACGAGGCCGAAGGAGAUGGCUACGAAAAAGACCCACGAUCACUUCAAAAAGAGUGGCUGGCGUUGAAGCCACUUGAGGAAAAGGCCUCAAACGAGCUGAGGGAGUUGAUGAUAUGGAGGAAGAAAAUUGAAAGACAAUUGAUGGAGUUAGAAGUACGGAAGAAGGAUCUUGAAGAGAUUAAAUAUGCUGCAAGCAUUGCUGGCAAGGCUACUAGGAUCACUUACCACUAG